GCUGCUAUCUUUGAACCUCUUCUUCCUCUCUUUUUCUGCAUGCAAGAAAGUGAGCUUAUAUCACACUAAGGCCACCCAUCCCUCAUCCACUCCUCUUUUCUUCACAAAUUGUUCCAUAUUAUUGUGAAGACUUUUUCUCAAUACCACUUCCAAUUUAAACACAUGCAGUCUCCUCUCCCUUAGCAAAGUUGCCACUCUUUUUACCUCUCUUUUGGCCUUUGCCAUUAGCCAUGACAUCCUGCAAAUGUAGAGCAGGUCUAAUGCUCUUAACCAUUUUCUUCCUCCUCAUUUCCUUCGCCACCUCUUUGGAGGCCGACUACACUAACACAAUCUUUCCCACUGAUGAUGACGCACCUCCUCAGAUUGGAGUCCAAGGAGAUGCUAAGGUUACCAAGGACAAAAUUCUACUCACUUCCUUCGGGAAUAGCAGGGGUCGAGCCUUCUUUAAUUACCCUUGUUUUGUGUGGUAUACCCGGAAUACAAGCAUCAAUAGCUUUAGCACAGAGUUUGAGUUCACCAUUACAUCAUCUAGUGGGAAUCUCACUAGCGGUGGCCUUACCUUCUUCUUGGCCCCAAUGGGAUCGGAAAUGCCGGCCAAUUCUUCUGGAGGGUGGCUUGGCCUCUUCAAUGAGACCACAAAUAACAAGUCGUCGAAUCAAGUAGUUGCUGUGGAGUUUGAUGUAUCUGAAGAUCCGUGGGAUCCUAAGGGGGGAAACCAUAUUGGCAUCGAUGUGAACUCAGUGGUUUAAGAAAAUUUGCAAGUCCUUCUCAAACUUGUAGGGGUUCCUGUGUCUGUUGGAUCCUUCGAUCUUUCUUUUGGCGUGGAUUUUAGUCAGGUCCUCCCACAAAAGGUACUCAUGGGGUUCUCGGCUUCCACUGCUCACUUAACUGCAUCACACAAUAUUUUGUCAUGGAAUUACACUGGACAGUAUCAGAGUUACAGUGAUAUCUAUAGUGGGCUUAUCAUUUCAAUUGCAGUAACUGUUUGUAUAGGACUUGUCGUGUUUGGCAUUGGAGUUGCAUUGGGUAAAUGGUGGAGGAGGUGUAAGGGCAAGGGGAGGGAGGAUUUAGGUUCUGAUACAAGCAUAGAUGAGAACUUUUUGAGGGGUACUGGGCCUAGGAGAUUUUCUUAUAAGGAGCUCAUGACUUCGACCGACAACUUUAGUGAGGAUGGAAAGCUUGGAGAGGGAGGAUUUGGAGGGGUGUACAAGGGUGUUCUUCGUGACACCAAUGAUGUGGUGGCAGUCAAGAGGAUCUCUAAAGGAUCUAAACAAGGAACUAAGUAGUAUGUUUCCGAAGUGACUACCAUUAGCCGUUUAAGGCAUAGGAAUCUUGUUCAGCUUCUCGGGUGGUGCCACAAUCGAGGUGAUCUACUUCUUGUUUAUGAGUUCAUGCCCAACAAAAGUCUUGACUCCCAUCUUUUUGGAGCUUGCAUUGGACUGACAUGGGACCUAAGGUAUAAGAUAGCUUCUGACUUGGCUUCGGCUUUACUAUACCUUCAUGAAGAGUGGGAGCAAUGCGCAGUCCAUAGAGACAUCAAAUCGAGCAACGUUAUGUUGGAUUCUAACUUCAAUGCUAAACUGGGGGACUUUGGGCUGGCUAGGUUUGUGGAACAUGGUCAUGCCUCCCAAACAACAGUGAUUGCAGGGACUAUGGGGUAUCUGGCUCCUGAGUGUAUCAUCACUGGGAGGGCUAGCAAAGAAUCUGACAUUUUCAGCUUUGGGGCAGUUGCACUAGAGAUUGUCUGUGGAAGGCGGCCAGUGGAAUUAACAGUCGACAAUUUGAGUGUUAGAUUACUGGAGUGGGUGUGGGAGCUCUAUCAAACAGGGAGAUUGUUUGAAGCUGUGGAUGAAAGAUUGGGUUCGGACUAUGAAAAAGAACAAAUGGAACGACUCAUGGUUGUGGGGCUAUGGUGUUCACAACCUGAUGAAUCUCUGAGGCCCUCAAUUAGGCAAGUGAUUCAGGUCUUGAAUUUUCAGGAUUCCCUCCCUGAGCUCCCACUCCAUAUGCCCAUGCUCAUAUACUACCCCCUAAAGAAUCCACCCAAAUGCCCUUACAAAACAUCAAGCAACGGAACCAGUUCGACUCACCACACCACUGCAUUGUUGGCACCGACCACUAUGACGACCAAUUCCCCUUCUUCUUACUACACUCUUGCUUAAUCUACGAGAUUUUAUACCAUAUGUGCGAACAUAUUUGCAAACUCCCAAAUGGGAUAUGAUAUUGUUCCUGUUUUUUCUGGUCUUUAUAUCAACCUAUCAGCCGAGGAGUCUUGUUGGGUGAUGUACUCUACAGAAGACAGAGUUGGUCCACUUCUAGUCAUACAAGCGAUUAUGCCUUGUACCGUGUUUAACUUUCACUGUAAAAUCUGUUGUAUGGGACAUAUGGUGAGGAACCAGAGUUUUGCCAUUGAUAUGCAUUUUGUAGUUCUAAA